AUACAUGCAGACGAUAUAUCAUUGACAUCUCUAAUUGUCUAUUUUUGUUUGAUUUGUCCUGAAUAAUUCGAGUUUCAAUGAAGAAAUACCACAAGUGGCGAUAAACGCAUCGCAAGUAGAGUCCGUGGACAAUUCUCCGACACUCACUCAUGGCAUGGUUUGGAAGCAAUAAUCAAGUUGUUGCGCCCGGGGACCAGGAAAUGGCCCUUGCAGGUGUUCUGGUCCCUGGUCCAGGAGCCGCCGCCACAGCGCGUCCAAGGAAGCGCAAACAUUCUGCCGGCGAGCCGCCUGCCAAUGAAAAUGCUAUGGAUGUAGAUGGAACCGAAAUGAGCUACUUUCUGGGUCGCCAUGCGGGCUACCCCGACGAGCUGAACGUCCUCAUCAAGCCGAUGCGCUGCGAGCUGUGCAAGGCGACGAUGACAUCGUGCAAGAGCGCCGAGGACCACUACUACUCCAGGGGGCACGAUCGCCAAGUCGCCGCAUGGAUCACCAAGACCUACCCGGAGCGUGGCUUUCAAAUGACACCCGGUCGGAUUGGCACGACGGCCUACCACUGCAAAGUCUGCGACCUGUCCUUGAGCUCUGCGUCCCACGCCCGUCAGCACUAUGGGGGCCGCAAGCACAAAUUGGUAGAGUCGAAGUUCUCGCGGACCUCGGGAGCUAGCUAUUGCGACACCUCCGGGGAUUGGUUGCACGUGCACACACCCGAAGCGAAGCUCAAGGACUUGUCCUUCCUGGCCGACGCAACGCGCUCAGAGCUGCCCGAGGAUUGCCCCCAGUCUGAGGCUCUAACACUCAAUCACGCAAAUCGUCCGGCGAUAGUCGAAGAGCACGCUGAGGCUAGCAGCAAAGUGGAGUGUAGUCUGUGCCAAAUUAAGGUAACAUCUUCGGGGCAAAUGGAAAUGCACGUCAAGGGAGUGAAGCACCAGAAGAAUCUACGCAAAGUGAGUAUGGAGCCGGACAUAGAGAUGGACUCAGUCCCGUCCGAAGGAUCGAUUGCGGCCAGUCUUGGUGAGGAGUUGUCGGCUGCGGAUCAAUCCAUGUACCGCACACCGACCGGCGGCUACUACUGCGAGCUCUGCAAGAAGCUCAUGAACCAUGCGACCACCUUGCAACAGCAUCUGUGUGGCAAGAAGCACUUGAAGACAGUACGUCAGCAUGCUGAACAGUCUAGUCAAUAAUUUAACGAUCUCAUUAUUUAAGCAACAUUUUGUAUGGCAAUACCAUCUUCGAAUACUUAGAUGGAAAAGAUUGGUCCGUCUCCCAUUGCCCAUUAAGUUACCUUUAUUUUGUCUGCAUUAGACUGCAUUCCCAGUGUGUAUUGCUAUACACAGUAUUACAGCAUGUAAAACAGCAUUUAGUUUAGCGAAAACAUUUCUUUUUUUUUAUCAUCUAGGGUGUAACCCCAAAGUGGAAGGGAUACGAUACCGACAAAACACUCAAUAAAUCUUGUAAAAAUUGUUAUUAUGCUGUAAA